AUUGUCAGUCAGAGAUGAUAUCAUAACCCGCAAAAUGUUAACAGAAAAUUAGAACAUCAAUAUUACAACGAAAACGACAAUUCUAUUAUGAAAACAUGGCUGACAAGUUUCGCCAAUUCGCACAAAGAGUGAAGGAUAAAAUUCAUUUUCCACAGUUACAAGCCAGUAGUCGUGAAAAAGUCGAUCAGCUUAUCAUCAAGUAUGACCCGGCUUCGAAAGUUACAGAAAUAGCCGAGAAGUUCAAACAUGGUAAUAUUACUAGUAAAGUCAAAGAACUAGUCUCGAGAUAUGAAAAAUUCACGGGUAUCGAAGAGAUUAUGGCGAUACAGAACACCGUCAUCGAAGCGCAGGAACGUUUCGUAACUGCCCAAAACCACAGACGCGAUCUGGGAAGAGAAUUGGCAGCAAUCGAGGCGAGAUUAAAGGAACUUCACGCGGAAAUGCAGAAUACAAUGAAGGGCGACGAAAAGUACCUCCAGCUCUGUACUGAAGAACACAAGUUAAUCAUACAAGAGCGCGCGCUGAGGACGCUUUUCUCCGACGCGGAAAGGGAAGAGAGGGAGCUGUUCGCGACAAUGUCGUCCGCCGUGAAGCUCGGCCACGAGAGGGAGCGCGCGCACGCGGAACGCAACAAGUAUUGGUACAUCGUCGCCUCUAUAUUUGGCACAGUUCUCGGAAUAGCUGGUUCAACUGUCAACAAUCGUCUGAAAAUGGCCGAGUUCAGAGACAUGAUGGAACAGCAGAUGGCUCGGAGCGCCAGCGUCCUGUACACCGUUGCUGGGGGUGGUUCAGCUAGUCGAGCUGACAUCGCUGAUGCUAUGAAGACUGAAUUCGCUUAUCAGGAGCAACUUGCAGCUAAUUUGACCUCGAUGCAGGAGAACAUAAAUAAUCUAGUCACAAAACAGGCCUCUUUGAUUGACCACCUGAACCACCAAGACCACGUCAUAGAGACCCAAAUCCGGGAACUGAAGCGAUUGAUAAUUGUCGCUUCGAAAAAUAGUGCCAAGUCAGAAGCGGAACUUGCUAAAGUACUAUCGGCUGUGCAUCAGGAGAUUGAAGAGGAGAAAAGGGAUGAACCAAUCACACCAAUGGUGGACGGUAAUCAGAUCCUGACAGGUCUUGGUAUAGUGAUGUGCGCUGUGGUUAUAUUGAGUAAUAUUUUCGGUAGAAUCAGUUGAUUUAAACGGCGAUUAAACGUCACUAUAAGUUUAAUAUUUUUUAAAUGUUACUACAUAUGCGUAGAUUUUCGAUUUUAUUUUAUUCUUUAUUCAAAGUGUUGCUCCACUAAAAAAAUGUUUCGUUGUCAAGUGUGAUAUUGUAUUUUAAAGUUUUAUGUGACAUUUUAUUUGGUUUAACGUGUUCGUGUAGGGAAAUCGUUUGACUGAAUAUUUUUACCAUUACAAUAUUUGUAACGUGAAAACUUGGACGCAAAUUUGCGAAAUUGUUGGAAUAAUAGUGCAAAGUUAUGAUGAACUAAAGUUGGCGCAAAUAUUAUUCGACUUAAUUUUGGGUUGAAUUAAAAACUGAAAAGUUGAUAACCAGCCCUGUCUUAAGCACAAUAAGCGUUCAAGUAGUAUUCUGGCGAUCAUAACAACCCUGCCCCCUCCUUAAAGGUUUUUAAAUGACCUUCAAGGCCAAUUCAGCCACAGUCUUGUACUUGUAUUUACACAACACCCGUGGUUUUGGAUUCAAAAAACUUGCCAUGUGUGAAAAACAAAACGAAAUAAUAAUAUCUUUUACCCUUAGUAUGUAGGUAAUACGUUAUUCCAAAUGAAGUGUUGGCAUAAAAUAAAAUAUGUAAUAAAAACUGUUGUACGACAUUUUUUGUAUUCUAUACUUUUACAUACAUUACAAAUAUAUAUAAAAAAACGUUACUUUUUUUUUUAAUUUGUAUUAUUAGCACAAGAUGAGGCUUAGGAAAAUGCAAACGAGAUAUUUUUCAAUUAUUUUUUUUUAUAAAUUCUUGUCGCGGGGCAAGAAGAAUUUCGGGCAUUGACCGUCUUACAUACAGCCAGGGACUUAACUUUUUUUUAAUCUUAAUUAAUAUAAAUGCUAAAGUGAUAUCGAUUGUUACCCUUGACGUCUUAACUACACAACGGAUCGUAAUUAAUUCGCAUACACGUCAAGGAUACAGAAAUUGACAUAGUGUACCUAACUUAACAACUCCCCCCACCUCCACACGUGGUGGAAACUAUUUUACAGUAAAAAAGAAAGAGAGACCGUAGUCUAUAUUCUCUAAUAGACAAUUAACUAUUCCAAUGUAAUAACAAUUAAUUAUAAUACAGAAAUCACAAUCGAACAUCAAAAACAAUUUAGCAACGAUUCUGAGCUUACCAAUGGAAUACCAUAGAACCCAACUAGGACAGGGUUAAAAUCACUUAACGGCGUUCACGCUUAUGUGAAUUCAAUGACAAUAUAGCCUAUUCCAAUGGAUGGAGGAGAAAAGAUAAACAAAUCUUAGAUUUACGUAUUUCAUUCAAUUUGCUAGUAACUCAGCUAUAUCGUGCAAUACUGAGAGUUUAUGAUUAAUAUAUCUUUA